ACAGUUUAUAUGACUUGUCCAUGGUUAUUUAAAAUUUAAUUAUUAUGUUUGGAUUAGCAGAAGCACGUGAAGUGACAAGUGAUUGAAGUUAACAAGUACUUCCCACACCAAAAUUGAAAUUUUUAUAGUGAUAGUAAAAUAGUUUAUUUCGGUACAUAUAACUCAGGCCCACCUUAUGCAAUGAACAUUAUUAAGAGAGUAACGAUUGCGUUCAGUACCUAUUUCGAACCUGAGUAGCAUAAUUAUGGGCGCUAAAGAUUCAAAACCGUGUUGUAUUAACUAUGAGGAAGCUGUAAAGCGAGUUAAUGAUGCUGAAUUGAAGAGAAUCAAGGAAGCUUUCAAACGAGUUUCUGCCAUAAAUGGUUACAUCACCAAAGACUCAUUUUUCAAAGAAGUUCUUGGUGAUGGCAUUCCAUCUCAGAUAUGUGAGCAAAUAUAUUCAGCGUGCGGGGGAACUCAGAAAGGGAUUGGCUUCAAAGAUUUGGUUUGUGGCCUGGUCCUGCUUACACGUGGGACGGAAGAUGAGAAACUGAAAUUUAUUUUUGGCCUUUAUGCAACUGAAGGAGGAAACUACAUUGUUCGUGAUGAAUUCUAUCAGAUGCUGGAAGAAUGUGAAAUUGGUUACAAUCGGGAGUUAGUUACCAGCCUGUUUACAGAGCAAAAAGAUAAUGUGUCAUUUGAAAGAUUCAGUGAAUUGAUAUUAGAGCAUCCAGAUGCAACCUUACUUAGUCGUUGGUUUCUGUCGGAACCAUGCAUGGUUACUUUGAGCAAUGAUCUGGAAGCACCUACGUUUUAUCAAACUUUGGCCGGGGUCACUCACUUGAAUGAGACUGACAUUAUUGAACUUGAAAAGCAGUACUGGAUAUUGAAAGGACAGUCAUGCACUGGCAAACUUGAUCUUGAAACGUUAGUUCCUCUUAUUAGUCCACCUAUACCAACUUCUGUGUGUCCUGGAGUAUUCGGAGCAUUUGAUGAAAACUGUGACUGCCACAUAGAUUUCAAGGAAAUGGCCUGUGGAAUUUCCGCUGCUUGCAGGGGCCCUCUCACUGAAAGACAAAAGUUUUGUUUUAAGGUAUUUGACACAGACAGAGAUGGAGUUUUGUCAGAAGCCGAGCUAAGGCACAUGAUUGAUGUAUUGCUGUUUGUUCAUCACGAGAAUAGGACUGCAGAUGAAUUAGCAGAGGAGCCUUGCGGACAAGUUGAUGUAACGACAAUUGUUUCUGAAAUUCGGGAGAAAACUGUGGGUGAUGGAGGAGUGACUGUUCAAGAGUAUCUCAUCUGGACAGUUGCAAAUCCACUUUCCGUGGAUUUUUUAAAUUUGAUUUUUCAGGUGUGCCAUGUUGUUUUCGGCCUGCGACCCGUGACCCGUGAGGAGGAAAGCCUUAUUGUGAAAGGUUGGUUAGAAAGAGAAGAAAGAAGAGGUUAUCUUGUUGGCCAAUUUUGGUACCUGAUUGCCAUGGAUUGGUGGCAAAUAUGGCUGAACUAUGUUUCCUACACGAAGAGCCAAAAUGAUAAAUCAGAGUCAGAUGUUAUGCCUGGAAAAGCUACAAGUUGUUUUGAGCGGAAUAUAACUGUUCCUAAGAAGCAAAAUUCAAGUUCAUUUUCACUGUCAGGCCAGGAAUGUUACAGGCUGUCAAGCAAUGUAAGUCCUAGCCACUCACCUCAGCAAGGAAGGAAGACUAUGUCUGCUCCACCACCCAGCCCUGGCCCUAUAGAUAACUCUGGACUUGUUAUGACUCCAAGCUACAAGGUAACCCCAUUAACAGGCGAAGGUGGCAAACUCAAGAGAAACUUGGUUUUAGUUCGGGGUCGUGACUUUGAGUUGGUUCCUGAAUCUUUGUGGAAAGCACUGUUUCAUUGGUACGGGGGAACACCAGCAUUGCCAAGACAGGUUAUUCUUCCAAAAAACAGCUCUCUACCAGAAUUGGAACUCUAUCCUGUAACUUUGAGACUCUUGCGACAUCAAGUGCUGCCAACGUAUACUCCUCAAACAAGUUGGUCUAGCAUGGUGGGAGGUUAUGGAACUUCUUCACUCAAUUCUACUGGUUACCCAUUGGUAUCAAGCAUGCCCAUUCCUCCAAAAAGGUAUCUUGCAUAUGUGGCUACAUUCAGUCGACUGGCAACCAUUAAUCAAGUGUUUGAAUUUUUGUGUGCACGACUUAAGAUACACGGAGAAGAUAUGAGAUUGUGGCAUAUAAUUGAAGACUUGAACAUGGUUUUGAUUGAAGAUGGCAAUAGCACCAUUGAAGAUUUUGGUAUUAUGGAUGAUGAUCAGUUACUGAUUGAAGUAAGAAAUAAAGAUCUAACAUGGCCAGAAGAAAUGAGCUCUCUAGCAACACAGUUCCACGACAAAUGUAAACAAGUUACAGUUGAGAAAGGUGCGACAGGCCUGAACAAUUUGGGCAACACUUGUUUUAUGAAUGCUGCGCUGCAAUGUGUCAGCAACACACGAGCCCUCACUGAGUACUUCAUAAAAAAUAUACACCAUUAUGAGCUGAACAGGACAAACUCUUUGGGAAUGAAAGGGCAUAUAGCAAAACGUUAUGGUGAGCUUAUUCAGGAGCUGUGGAGUGGUAACUACAAAACAGUAGCACCAUUGAAGCUUAGGUGGACAAUUGCCAAAUAUGCACCAAGGUUCAAUGGAUUUCAGCAGCAUGAUUCUCAAGAAUUCCUUGCAUUCUUGUUGGAUGGCCUCCAUGAAGAUCUUAACCGUGUGCAUGAUAAGCCUUACAUAGAGUUGAAUGACAGCGAUGGCCGUGAAGAUGAAGUUGUUGCUAGAGAGGCAUGGGAAAGUCAUGUUCUGCGCAACAAGUCCAUUAUAGUUGACCUCUUCCAUGGCCAACUCAAGUCUAAAGUUACAUGCAAAGUGUGUGGGCAUGAGAGUGUUUGCUUCGACCCGUUCAACUACCUUUCGCUACCUCUGCCAAUGGAGAGCUACAUACAUGUUCACGUCAUAGUCAUCCGUCUUGAUGGUUCAGUUCCUGUGAAGUAUGGAUUGCGACUCAACGUGGAUGAAAACCACAGAAUGCUAAAGAAUGCUUUGUCGGCACUUUGUGGCAUCCCAGUUCACCAACUUUGCAUUGCAGAAGUAUCAGGAGCACAGAUUAAGAGCAUACCACAGGAUGGACAUAAAGUUAGAAUUAUGAAUGGGGGCUGCCUCUAUGCAUAUGAACUUCCUGAUACUGGCUCUUCAUUUUGUGGAGAAGACCAUAGUGGUCUGCAUUUCCAGAAGGAAGCACAAACAUUCACUGCAAUUCAGCGAUCAGUUCAGCCAAAGUGUAGUACACCGCUUGUUUGUGGUAACAGCAAUGGUGUACUGCCUGCAAAUGAAAAUGUUCUUAUGAAUGGUGUUAAAUUUCCAAAUGAACAAGUUAAAUCUUUAUCUUCAGCUCUCCUUAGGAACAACGUAAAAAAUGUGGAGAUGAGUACUAUCACCGUGCCAGUUAUGGAAAACUGCCACUCGCCACCAGGUUUGGAAGGCGUACCUUGCAUCCAACUGUCUCACUCAAGUGCUAACAGUAGCUCCAGUUCCAGUAUUCUGACAGGCCUGAGCGAUGUGGACACAUCGACAGGGCCCCGUGGGUUUAUAUUUGCUGUGCACAGGAAGAUGAUUCACCAGGAAUCAUAUUUUAUGUCGUCCCAAAAAACACAGCCGAGUUUGUUUGGUCUGCCGUUGAUAGUGCCAUGUAAUGAGCUGACGACGUGUCAGGAUCUCUAUCAUGCCGUGUGGGUGCAAGUUGCUCAUCUCAUGUCACCUUUGCCUCCAAAUGAAUCUGCUGCCCCAAAUCAUGCCCAAGACUGUGAUGACAGCCUUGGCUACGAGUUCCCGUUCAUUCUGAAAGCAGUGAACAAGAAUGGGACCCACUGUGUGUGGUGCCCCUUCUACAGGUUCUGCAGGGGUUGCCGCAUUGAGUGCAGCGAUACCGACUUCAAUUUUGGCUGUUGCUAUGUGGCUAUAGAUUGGGACCCAACAGCUUUGCAUCUUCGUUACCAGACUUCUCAGGAAAGAGUGUUUUUAGAACACGAGAGUGUGCGGUUAACACAAGAGCAGCAGGCAGAACCAAUUAACUUAGAUUACUGUCUGGAAACAUUUACCAAAGAAGAAGAUUUAGAUGAGAACGAAAAAUACUACUGUUCCAAGUGUCAAAAACAUCAGUUGGCAAGGAAGAAACUCCAAAUAUGGAAGCUCCCUCCAAUACUGAUUUUCCAUUUGAAGAGGUUUCAACUAUUAAAUGGAAAGUGGGUAAAAUCCAGAAAAGUAGUAAAUUUUCCAUUUUGUAAUUUUGACCCAUCUGCGUACCUAGCUUCAGUUAAAAAAAAGAGUAAUGCUACUCAUUGUGAACAUGACCUUGGCCAACAUUGUAGAGAAAUACCUAAGAAAAUGGAGUCUGAUGAAACAUUUGAUAGAGACAGCCUUAUUCUGGAUUCCCACCAUCAUCACUCAAUAGAUGGGGCAGUUCCAUUGAAGUUGAAAUAUCAUCUAUAUGCUGUUGUGUCACAUUCAGGAAUGUUGGGAUGUGGGCAUUAUGUGUCCUAUGCAAGCAACUCUAAUGGAAAAUGGUAUUAUUACAAUGACAGCAGCUGCAAGGAAGUGAGAAGAUCUCAAAUUGAUACAGAUUCUGCAUAUAUGUUAUUCUACGAGCAAGAAGAUUUAGAUAUAAAUUUGUACAUGCCAGAUGUUUCAUGUAAGAGUCUAGACACUCAAAGUUUAGAUGAUGAUUUUGAAACAGAUUUAAAGAAAUUUUGUUCUGUUAUGUGAAUGUAAAAAAGUCAUUGUUAAUAGCUUGCAAUUAAUGUUCAUUAAAUGAACUUGUGCCAGGCAGUGAACCUGUAAAUAAUUUCAUUUUAGCAUUUUUUAUGUUUUUACAUUGAUCAUCAUCAUCAUCAUCAUCAUAGUGCAUUCCAUGUGCUGUAAAAAGUUUAGGCUGUAUCAUAGUUUACGAUACAGUAUAUCAGUCAUGUAAAUAUUUUGACCUGGUCAGUUUUUGUAAAUUUAAGAUAUAUACAUAUAUUUUAUUUUUUGUUAUUUGUUACACUCUAUGCCAAGCACCUUUCUUGCUAUCCAUUUCUGCCAUCAUCAACAUGUGUUGCCAGCUUUAAACACUUACCACUUAUUUUCAACUCUGUCUCCAAAUCAUUUAAAAUGCACUGAACACUUUUUUUUUUCUUUUCAUACUUCACAGGUCCAAUUUUCAUGGCUGCAAGACUUCUUGUUCCCUUUUGUGCUUUGUGUCUCUCGCCUCUUUGCUCUUCCACAGGAAGCCCUGGUAGGCUGUCCUCCUGAGGACUUCAAAGCUUAUGUGCAUGUUACGGAGGCAGGCUCCUGACUUCAAAGCUUAUGUGCAUGUUACGGAGGCAGGCUCCUGACUUCAAAGCUUAUGUGCAUGUUACGGAGGCAGGCUCCUGACUUCAAAGCUUAUGUGCAUGUUACGGAGGCAGGCGCCUGACUCAAAGCUUAUGUGCAUGUUACGGAGGCAGGCUCCUGACUCAAAGCUUAUGUGCAUGUUACGGAGGCAGGCUCCUGAAUGGGUUCUCUUACCUGUACCACUGAUGCUGCUGGUUCCGAAGCACACUCGGUGCCACAUUCUGCACUUCACAUGGCAGUGGUUCCCACCCAGCCCAUUCCAUGUCUCUAACUAUCAAGCACAGUCAGCAUUCAAGUUACCAGAGCCCACUAUAAUCCUAGAAGUCCUGUUGCCUUAAGCCUUCUGUGAUAACCAUGUAACAUAGAACCCUUCCUUCACCUUCUUUUAUGUUAAAUGAAAUCUACUAUGACUAAACUACUGUGCGUGUCGAAUUUAAAUGUGUGUUGUUAUAAAUUAUUUAAUAAUAUAAUCAAUCUGACAGUUCCCCAUUUUGUCACUCGAUUGUAUUCAGAGAAUGUCAUUUCUGUUGCCUUGUUUUUUAGUUUUAAUGUUAGAAACGGCAAUUUGAUUUUCCAUGAUCACAGAAUAUCUUUAAGACGACAUGAAACAUACAAGUGUUCAAUAAUCUUAGAUUUUAUUGGACUGCUAUACAAAUAAAUGUAUGGUUCUUUUCCAUAGUAAUUGUUAAAGAAUUUUUGUUGAAAACUACAUAGGCUUGUGUAGUAUUUUUGAGCUGAAAUGUAAUGUUUAAAAAGAAAAUUGAUAAAAAUUCUUGACUUGACAACGUAAGAUACAUAGUUUAAAUGUAAUAUUUGUUGAUUACUGGCAUCACAAUAGUGUGUGAUAUAUGUGGUGUACAUGAUUUUGGUGCAAUAAAUGUUUUUGGUAUAGAC